AUGAUUAUAGUGAGAACGUACAUUAGGUUUCUGAACCUUUUAUUUGCAAUUUUUGGAAGUAUCGAUCAUUCCCUCGGAAUACCGGAUGUGAAAGUACAGUAUAUACCAGCAAACAAAAGUGGUAAUAUAGACAACAAAGGUAAAUCUUUCAAUUAUAUGUGGUUGCAUGAUACUGCUUCAACUCGUGGUCUCCUUUAUCCACGGGAAUCUGAGUCGCGUGAAGUACGAACGCUGGAUGGCAUUUGGCGAUUUUUGCUAUCAGAUGUUAAUGAUCCCAUGAAGGGUGUGCGCGAUUGUUGGUUCAAAACUGAUUUAGACAAGGUGAGACCCACACGCCCCAUGCCAGUACCUUCAAGUUAUAAUGAUAUUAGUGUCGAUACUAAAUUACGCGACCAUAUUGGAACAGUGUGGUACGAAACAAAAUUUUUUGUACCACAUUCCUGGAACAUGGAUCAACGCAUUUGGCUACGUUUUGGAAGCGUUCAUUAUGCAGCUAUUGUUUGGAUUAACGGGGAAAAAGUAAUGGCACAUUCUAUUGGGCAUUUACCAUUCGAGUCGGAAAUAACUAAUUACGUAAAUUUUGGUGCUGAAAACAGGCUAACUUUAAUUUGCGACAAUACGCUUGUAAAUUCAACAAUUCCACAGGGGACGAUAGUUGAGGAAGAAAGUGACAAUGGUAAGGUUAUGAUUCAACGGUAUACAUUUGAUUUCUUCAAUUAUGCUGGUAUACACCGAACUGUUCAUCUUUAUACCACCCCUGCUGUUUACAUUGAAGAUAUUAAGGUGUCAACAGAUUUGAUUGAGAAUCAUAUAGGGCUUGUUCAUUAUGAAGUAAUCGUAAAUGGGAAUGAAAGAAAAGCUGUUGUUUAUGACCCUCCUAUAGAACCUCUUUAUAUCCAUGUGCAAAUGCGCAAUAAAGAAGGUGAAAUAGUCGCUCAUAGUGUUUCUAAAACAACGUUAAAUGGCACGAUUGUAAUAAAAGACGUUAUGCCCUGGUGGCCAUAUUUGAUGAACCCCGAACCCGGGUAUUUAUAUACUAUGGAAUUAUAUUUGCAUGCUGUUGAUGAAUCUCUGCUUGAUGUAUAUCGUCUGAAAGUCGGCAUUCGCACAUUAAAAUGGAAUAAUUCAACAUUUCUUUUAAACGAUGCUCCGAUUUAUUUACGAGGCUUCGGGAAACACGAGGACUCUGACAUACGAGGAAAAGGAUUUGACUAUGCCUUACUGACGAGGGAUUUUAAUUUGAUAAAAUGGAUUGGAGCAAAUGCUUAUCGUACCUCACAUUAUCCUUAUUCGGAGGAAUCAAUGCAAUUCGCUGAUGAGUUUGGCAUAAUGGUCAUAGAUGAAUGUGCUGGCGUUAAUACAGACAUUUUUGAACCAUUGUUAUUACAAAAUCAUAAAUUCUCAAUUGAACAACUAAUACAUCGAGAUCGGAAUCACGCCAGCGUUAUUAUGUGGUCUAUUGCAAAUGAACCUCGUUCCGGUAAUUCUCAGGCGGAUAAAUAUUUUAAAAUUCUAUCAAAUUAUACAAAGUCGUUGGAUCCUACGAGACCCAUCACGGCCGCUUUAAAUAUUGAGGCGAAAAAAGACAAAUUGGGACAAUAUUUGGAUAUAAUAAGUUUUAAUAGAUAUAACGCAUGGUACCAAAACGCCGGACAAUUGGAUAUGAUUACUAAACAUGUAGUGGAGGAAGCAACACUGUGGCAUGUAAUGCACAAUAAAACUGUUAUAAUGACAGAGUAUGGGGCAGAUACUUAUGAAGGAUUACAUUUUCUUCCAGCAUAUAUUUGGUCGGAGGAUUACCAGCUUUCACUACUCAGCAAGCACUUCAAAGCGUUCGACAACCUAAGAUCUCAAAAGUGGUUUAUUGGAGAAUUUGUAUGGAAUUUUGCUGAUUUCAAAACUGCACAAACAUACACACGCGUUGGAGGUAAUAAGAAAGGAGUAUUUACACGUCAACGCCAGCCAAAAUCGGCCGCGCAUUUACUUCGUCAACGAUACUUUGGUUUGGCUAUUGAAUUAGACCAAUGCGAGCCGCCUCUGGAACUAUUCAAUUACGUUAUACACUGGCAAGAAAGACCACAAUUCAUUCGGAAUUAUGAUGACUUAUAACGAAUAAAUCUAAAAAAAAUAGUUAAAUUAA